GUACUCGGUCCCUCCUCUUCAGUCUCCAGCUGGAUGUCGGAUCAGCUCCGCCGCGUCUCUACCGCAACAGGUAAAGACCAGAAAUCAUUUUAAUCCUCAUCAGGACGGGAUGAAAUGAAACACACACACCGGAUACUGUCGCUGCUGACCUUGUUUGAUAUAUUCUCACCUGUUCUCUGAAGAUGUCUGAGAGCUAGCCAGCUGACUGGAGGACUCCCCUCUCUGCCCGUGCUUUUCACCUGCAGCCAUGAAUGGCGGAGCCACUACGUGGGCCAUCACUCCAGAGGAGAGGGGGAAGCACGACAAACAGUUCGACACCCUCGCCCCCGUCCUCGGCUAUGUUUCAGGAGAACAAGCCAGGAAGUUCUUCCUCCAAUCUGGCCUGCCUCCUUCUGUCCUGGCGGAGAUCUGGAACCUCGCUGACAUGGACAGCGAUGGGAAGAUGGACAGACAAGAGUUCUCCAUCGCUAUGAAGCUCAUUAAACUCAAACUUCAGGGGCGGAAUUUACCAUCUGUCCUGCCAAUCACCAUGAAGCAACCUCCUGUCGCCAAUUCUGCUCCAACCAUCCCUUCAUCAGCACGUUUUGGAAUGGGUUCUAUGCCAAACCUGUCAGUCGGUCUGUCAUCCAUGUCAGCUAUGUCAGCCAUGCCCAUCCUAACACCCAUCCCGGUUAACCCCUCCAUGCACUCUGUGCCAACCCUGGUGCCAACGCCAAUGACUCUGCCCCUCAUCACCUCCCUGGGAAACUCUGGACUCCCCAAUGGCAAUGUCAACCUCCUCACCCCGCCUUUUAUUCCCAACAAUACAGUGCUUCCUCUGUCUGGCUUCUCCUCUCCAAUGGCGUUCUCUCCAUCCACUGGCAUGUCGAAGGCCAACUCUCUUCUGGACCUUGGAUCCAGCAGUUCAAACUCUUCCUCCACCACGUCGUUGGCCAGUAACUCUCCAAAGACAGGCGCAAGUGACUGGGCCGUUCCGCAGAGCUCGAGACUCAAGUACCGUCAGCAGUUCAACACACUAGACAAGCUCAUGAGUGGCUACUUGUCUGGACCUCAGGUUAGGAAUGCGCUGAUUGCAUCGAACCUAACCCAGACUCAGCUCGCUACCAUCUGGACGUUGGCGGAUGUGGAUAAGGACGGUCAGCUACAAGCUGAUGAAUUCAUUCUGGCCAUGCACCUGGUGGACAUGGCUAAAACUGGCCGACCUCUUCCCCUCACACUGCCUCAAGAUCUGGUGCCUCCCUCUCUCAGAGGAGGAACCAAGCCCAGUGAGCUUGUUAAUGGAACAGGCCCCUACACAACUCCCUGUUUAUUGGACACACCAGAGACAGAACCUGCACAGAAGCCAAAGAGCAGUGUCUCCUUCGAGGACAAGCUGAAGGAGAACUUUGCGCGAGGCAGUGCUGAGCUGGAGAAACGUCGACUGGCUCUGGAGGAAGAGCAAAGAAAGGAGAGGGAAAGGAGAGAAAGGGAGGAGAGAGAGGCUCAUGAGAGGAGGGAGAGGGAGGCGAGGGAGCAGGAGAACCGGAGGAGGCUGGAGGAGGAGAGACGGCUGGAGAGGCAGAGGGAGAUGGAGAGACAGAGGGAGGAGGAGAGGCUGAGAGAGCUGGAAAGGAAGGAGGCGGCGAAGCAGGAGAUGGAGCGCCAGCGGAGGGAGGAGUGGGAGCGUGGGAAGAGAGAGGAGCUUGGCAGGAGGAGAGAGGGGGAGCAGGAAGAGAUUUCCAGACUCAGGGCCAAAAAGAAGAGUCUAGAGUUGGAGCUAGAGGCUGUGGGCAACAAGCACAAGCAGAUCUCAGACCGUCUCCGUGACGCUCAGAGCAAGAGGCGGAUCCUGAAGGCUGAGGUGGACCUUGUCAAUCAGAAGAGGGACUCGCGCAUCGUAGAGAUCAACACACUGCAGCUUCAGUUUGAGGACUGGCAGAGGAAGCUGUCACAGCUGGUCCCUGAGCAACAGAGACUGACAGAGAAGCUGCGAAACAUCAACCUAAACAAAAUCCCCUCCGUGACUUUGACCUCUCUGACUGGGAGCGUGACAGAGAAAGGGGUGAACUGUCGGAGGCUGAAGGACCAGCUUGACACUCUGGAGAGAGAGACCACAGACAAACUGGCCCAGAUGGAGCAGUACAACAAGGAGCUUAAGCUUGGGGAUAUGGAUGACUGUGUCCUGCGGGGCCUUCUGUCUCUGCUGGCCUGCCUCAGUCAGCUCUUCCUCCUCAUCAAGGAGCUGAGGGAGAAGCAGGUGAGACAGCAGGCUGUCCUGGACGACCUGCACAGAGUCAAAGAGGAGAAACUGAGGGAGCUGCAGAGACGCAGGGAGGAGGAGACAGAGAGGAGGAGGAGGGAGGAGGAAGAGGCCGCCAGACAGGCGAAGCUAGAGCAGGAGAGGAGAGAGAAGGAGAAGCGGGAGGAAGAGGAGGCGCGUCAGAGGAGGCUCCUGGAGGAGCAGAGGGCCAGACAGAGGGAGGAGGAGGAGAGGGAGGCACAGGCUCGCCUCCGAGCAGCCCAGGAGAAAGCACAGGAAGAGGAGAGAAGAAGGAGAGAGGAGGAAGAGGAGGAGAAGAGGAAGAGGGAGGAGGAGGAAGAAAGAAAACGGAAAGAGGAGGAGGAGGAGAGGAGGAAGAAAGAGGAGCAGGAGAGAGGAGGACAGAAGCAGCCGGUGUUGGUGGCUCAGAAGUCCUCGAAGCUGACCACGUACAGAGCUCUGUACUCGUUCGUCGCCCGAAAUGCAGACGAGCUGAGUAUCGACGCAGACGGCCUCAUAGAGGUGGAUGAGCAGACUGUCGGUGAGCCCGGCUGGCUGUGCGGGAGUUACCGUGGAAACAAGGGCUGGUUCCCCCAGAGUUAUGCAGAGAAAUGUCCUAAACCCUCUACUUCUGAGACCGGCCCGUCUUCACCUGGAAAGACGUCCUGUGCGCUGCCACCGCCGCUAAACACAGGAGUCCCAGAUGGGGAGGUAGCAUGUGACAGCACCGCUCCUGCCCAAUCAGACGCUUCACAGUCCUCCGUCCCCCUGCUGGCUCGAGCCGUCUCCUCGUGGUCAGCCACCUCGGAAACUCACCUCAACCUCUCCUCCGGCGCGGGCGACGUCAUCACCGCGCUGCUGAGCUUCUCACAGGGUGACAUCAUCAGCGUGCUGCAGCAGAGAGACGACUGGUGGUUGGGGCAGCUCAAUGGGACGCAGGGAUGGUUCCCAAAAAGCUACGUCACUUUGGAGACGGGUGGAAACACAGAGGUGGAUGCGUUCGACACGACAGACUCUGUUCAGCUUGAGGAGUAUGUGGCCUUGUACACAUACGAGAGCCCGGAGGCGGGGGACUUGACGUUUGUUGAGGGAGAUGUUGUCAUGGUGACAGAGAGGGAAGGAGAGUGGUGGCGAGGGUGCAUCGGGGAUCAGACCGGGGUUUUCCCCUCCAAUUAUGUCCGACCUGUUGAACCAGAGGCAUCAAAACCUGGAGCUCCGGUCAAAAAGCCAGAGAUCGCCCAGGCAGUCACCACCGCUGUUGCCCCGACGAUGCAUCAGCUGCGUCUGUCUCCUGGGCAACUGAUCGUGGUCCUGGCCAAGAACUCCACCGGCUGGUGGCUCGGGGAACUGCAGGCUCGAGGCAAGAAGCGGCAGAGAGGCUGGUUUCAUUCCUCUCACGUCAAGCUCCUCGGCCCCUCCAGCAGCAAGUCCUCUCCCUCCCCUCUGCCAGUGUGCCAAGUUAUCGCAAUGUACGACUACACAGCUGCCAAUCGGGAUGAGCUGAGCUUCUCCAAGGGUCAGCUGAUCAACAUCCUGGACAAGACCAACCCUGACUGGUGGAAAGGAGAAGCCAACGGGGUCUUGGGCCUGCUGCCCACCAAUUACGUCAAGAUGACAACAGAAUCAGACCCCAGCCAGCAAUGUACAGUAGAUUCCUCAUCCAUGUCAGAGCAUGGAGAGACUGACGGGUGUGCCGAUCUGAUGACCCUGGACACCAUGACCCCUCAGGAGAGGAAGAGGCAGGGUUACAUCCACGAGCUCAUCCAGACUGAGGAGACCUACGUGGACGACCUGGAGCUGGUUCUAGAUGUCUUCUACAAGCCCAUGUCUGAGUCAGGUCGUCUGACAGAAGCUGAGAUGGGAGUGAUCUUUGUUAACUGGAGGGAGCUGAUUAUGUGUAACACCAAACUACUCAAGGCGCUGCGUGUCCGUAAAAAGACCGAAGGAGAGAACAUGCCGGUUCAGCUCAUCGGGGACCUGUUGGCUUCGGAGCUUGCACACAUGCAGCCCUACAUCCGCUUUUGCUCCUGUCAGCUCAACGCCGCCGCACUGCUGCAGAGCAAAACCCAUAACCAGCCCGACUUCAAAGACUUCCUCAAGAAGAUAGCCACUAACUACCGCUGCAAAGGAAUGCCACUGUCCAGCUUCCUCCUCAAGCCCAUGCAGAGGAUCACACGAUACCCCCUGCUCAUAAAGAACAUCCUGGAGCACACGCCAGAUGGUCACGCAGACCGCAGCCCCCUGAGAGAAGCUCUGGAGCGGGCCGAGGAGCUGUGCUCUCAGGUCAACGAGGGAGUCAGGGAGAAGGAGAACUCCGACAGGCUGGAGUGGAUACAGAGCCACGUGCAGUGUGAGGGAGCUAUAGAGCACUUGGUCUUCAACUCGCUGACUAAUUGCCUCGGGCCUCGCAAGCUGCUCCACAGCGGUCGGCUUUACAAAACCAAAAGCAGCAGGGAGCUGUGGGCUUUCCUCUUCAGUGAUUUCCUCCUCCUCACGCACAGCGCCAAACCUUUCUCCUCCUCAGGACCAGACAAGCUGUUCAGCCUGAAGACCAACAUACAGCUGAAGAUGUACAAGACACCACUCUUUCUAAAUGAGGUGUUGGUGAAAAUGCCACCAGACCCGUCCAGCGAUGAGCCGCUCUUCCACGUCUCACACAUCGAUCGAGUCUACACGCUCAAAACUGAGACCCUGAAUGAGAGGACGACGUGGGUCCAGAAAAUCAAAGCAGCGUCUGAGCAUUUCAUAGAGACGGAGAAGAAGAAGAGAGAGAAGGCGUACCAAGCACGUUCCCUGAAGAGCAGCGGUAUUGGCCGACUGCUGGUAACAGUCACUGAAGCUCAGGAGCUCAAAGCCUGUAAACCAAACGGUAAGAGCAACCCGUACUGUGAGCUGACGAUGGGAGCUCAGUGCUACACCUCCCGACCCAUCAGCGACACUCUAAACCCAAAGUGGAAUUUCAACUGCCAGUUCUUCAUCAAAGACCUCUACCAGGACGUCCUGUGUAUCACUGUGUUUGAGAAAGACCAGUUCUCACCAGAUGACUUCCUGGGUCGCACUGAAGUCCCCGUGGCAACCAUAAAGAAAGAGAUGGAGAGCAAAGGUGCUGCAAACCGUCGCCUGCUACUGCACGAGGUCCCCACUGGAGAAGUUUGGGUCAAACUGGACCUGCAGCUUUACGAGCCGACCAAAUGAGGAUGAUACACAGCCGAACGCACCCUCAGGCACACACACAUGCACACACCACUUAAUUGUAUGGCAAUGAAGAGAAACAUUUUGCAUAAACAGCCACACACACCUUUAAGUGCCUAUUUGUAAUGAAAAAUUAUCAAUUUUACUGCCACUGUCUUAUUCUGCCUUGAGCCAUUCAGACCCAUUUAAGUGACCUUUAAUAUAAAAGGGAAGGAGAUCCUGCCAAAAAUGUAGAGUGACACACUGAUUAUCAGAUGUAGAAAUGUAUUUGUGGAAAAAAUGUGGUCUCGUUAUCGACAAACCAGCUAAAAAGUGCACAAUCAUGCCUUGAAAUGUACCAGUUAGAUUUGCUACAUGGUCGAGUUUUGUACUACUCAUAUUCGCAGAUUUGUACGCAAUACUUUUUUACUCUUAAAGGAAUUACUUCAGCCCCCAAAUGACCAUUUGUAUAUCAGUUACUCGCCCCGUGUUAUGUUGAAUUCAUGAAGAAAAUUUUCUUUUCUGGCAUGGCUCCAUGGUGACCGAAGAAUCCAAAAACUGGGAAAAUUCUUGAUGAAUUGAAUUAAAAGGGGUCAGUGUGUUCAACAACAGCAAAACUAUAUCAAAACAUCAAUUUACAAACUUGUCGUCAGUUGUUUCUGACGGGGAACUAAAAGUGAAACUUGUCUAUGCUCACUUAAAAGCCAAUCUCCAUUGACAAAAGCAGUGAUUUUACUUUGCUGAACACAGGAGCUGCUGCUCUCCCGUACAUUUGUUUUUGUUAUUGUGUGACUUUGGUGUAUUAAAGGGUUAAUUUGGAUUCACUAAAGUCACACAAAUGCACAAACAAAUUGACUGAUCGAGGCAGCUUUAGACCAGCGACUCCUGUGUUCAGCAAGGUAAAAUCACAAUUUUUGUCAAUGGAGUCUGGCUUUGAAGAGAGCAUAGAUACAUUUUGUUUUCAAUUCAGUUUCCUAUUGGAAAGGACUGGACCAAUGACACUCGGAUUAUACUGCAUGACUUGUUAAACACACGGACCCCAUGACUUUAAUUCAUCACAAAUUUUCCGCAUUUUUGGAUUCUUCGUUCACCUGAAGCAUGCAAGACAAACAGUUAUCUGCAAGGAUUCAGCUUAACACGGGGUGUGUAAUUAAAAUACAAAUGGUCAUUUGGGGAGUGAAGUAUUAUUAUUAAUGGAGGGAUACACCCUGUCCAACAUGUCUUCAUUUGUUUGAAUAAAGACACACACACUCUUUAUACAAUUGCCUGCACACUGCCACACACAUCCUUGUUAUACUAUCAUUUCAAAUGUUGCACACUACUGUAAAAUAUAAUGUCAACGUUAACUCUGAGUGUUCCAUUAAGUCCCAAAAAUGGCAUGAAUAAAAUGUACAUACAGUCAA